AUGGGCGCGAAACUUGAUGUCGAGUCGCCGGAAGCGAGAGUGGAGAAAUUAAAACGUACGCGCGAAAUGCUGGGCAAACGGCGAGACGCCUUCGCAAAGACAAAGACCUAUGCAGAUGCAUUGGAGGUGAUACGAAACAAGUUGGCAAACAUAGAUAUUGUCUCGGUGCGAUGCCUUGCGCUGGGAUCUCCUUCAAAUGAGUUCAAUGCUCUCUAUCAGCUGGCCUUUUUGGUGUUGAUUUUGGACGAGCUCAAGAUACGACAAGUGUCGGUAUACGACCCGGCCUUUAACGACAUAGACGUCUUACUGUUUGAAGAACUGGGGUUCAAAAUAGAGGAUAAAAUCACCCAAAAAGUCAGCAAAGAAGAAGAUAUACUGUAUUACAUGCCACAUGCUCCUGUUGAGCUUCUGGAAGAAAUAAUCACAUCGGAGAAAAUAGUGGUGAUGAUAACCAACGACCUGAGACGGUACAUAGGCAGGUGGACCUCGCAGGACCUCUAUGAAAAACACCCAAAUGUGGCACGGAUUGGCUAUUUGACUUCACAGAUUAGGUCUGAGCAGCCAUCUACUGAUGAUGGCUUCGAGAUGGUAGCAAGCAAGAAAAAAGUCAGAAAGAAUCGGAGGAACAAGCUCAAGGUGGUUGACACAAAUGUCGACUACCACUUGGACGAAUGCUACUUUGAUAGCUGUGACAUUGCAGAGAUACUUGGAGGAAGCGACAUUUCAGGCGAGUGGAAAGAUUCCUUUAGUUGUCUUGCGGUUCAUGUGAUAAGAUAG